CUCCAUCCUCUCCUUUGAAAAUCAACACUCAUCUCCUAGUCUUGAAACCCUAGCGGAAACCACCCAUUUCCUCUGCAUCUCCAGACAAGACCCAAGAUGCAGAUCUUCGUCAAAACCCUAACGGGGAAGACAAUAACCCUAGAGGUCGAGUCUUCCGAUACAAUCGACAAUGUCAAAGCCAAGAUCCAAGACAAGGAAGGCAUCCCACCCGAUCAACAGCGCCUCAUCUUCGCCGGCAAGCAGCUCGAAGACGGUCGCACCUUAGCCGACUACAACAUCCAGAAGGAAUCCACUCUCCACCUCGUCCUCCGUCUAAGGGGUGGCGCCAAGAAGAGGAAGAAGAAGACCUACACCAAGCCCAAGAAGAUCAAGCACAAGAAGAAGAAGGUCAAGCUCGCCGUGCUCCAGUUCUACAAGGUGGAUGAGUCGGGGAAGGUUCAGAGGCUGAGGAAAGAGUGCCCUAAUGCGGAGUGUGGGGCGGGGACUUUCAUGGCUAACCAUUUUGAUAGGCACUAUUGCGGUAAGUGUGGGCUCACUUAUGUUUACCAGAAGGCUGGUGGGGAUUGAGUUGGGUUCGACCUUUGGUUCAGCUCUUGCAAAACUUGGAUCUAUAUGUUUUACAGUAUGAGUAUUAGGGUUUAAUUUUCAAUAAUCGUUGGACUUUUUAAAAUUUUGUUAUGUUUUAAUAUGUUAUAAUACUUCGGAUAUGAUUUUGGAGUUUUGAUUACCAAUUUACUUGUUUGAAUCAAAUUAUGCUGUUUUCUACUUAA